AUGUUCGCAAGUCGCUGCAAAGCCAACUUCUGGGACCGAGACGUGAACGCCGCCAUCAACAUGCUGGAGCUGUUGAAGAGCGAGGUGCAAGGGCAUGGACGCAUGGCGCCAUUCAAAAUCGUAGAUAUAUCACUGAUGUGAACGCUGUUUUACAGUGCAUUCAUUUUCCACGGGAACAGAAAGAUAUUUUAUCAUACCAGGAGCUAAGCACUUCAGGAAACAACACCGUUGUUCAAAAUCACCGGCAAAUUUCGAUGCCUCGAUGCCAGAUUCGCUGAGCAUUGCUCAAUAAGCCAUGCCGGAGUCGCAUUGAUUAGUUGCAUACCGCAG